UCGAUGCUCCCACAUCCCUACUCACUCUCACUAUAAAAACUCCCUCACUCACUCUUCUUCCAAAAACUAUCUCUCUCUCUGUUUAUCUCCGCACUCCGUCUUCAUCAAUCAGCAUCACCACCGCUCCAACACAGGGGAAAAUGAGGGAGAUCCUUCACGUUCAGGGAGGGCAAUGCGGGAACCAGAUCGGUUCGAAGUUCUGGGAAGUGGUGUGCGACGAGCACGGCAUAGAUCCGACGGGGAAGUACGUCGGAAACUCAGAUCUACAACUCGAGCGCGUGAACGUGUACUACAACGAAGCUUCCUGCGGGCGGUUUGUCCCACGCGCAGUGCUGAUGGACCUGGAGCCCGGAACCAUGGACAGCGUGCGGACUGGGCCGUACGGGCAGAUAUUCCGGCCCGACAACUUCGUGUUCGGGCAGUCCGGCGCGGGCAACAACUGGGCCAAGGGGCACUACACGGAGGGCGCCGAGCUCAUCGACUCCGUCCUUGACGUCGUGCGCAAGGAGGCCGAGAACUGCGACUGCCUCCAGGGGUUCCAGGUCUGCCACUCGCUCGGCGGAGGAACCGGCUCCGGGAUGGGGACGCUUUUGAUUUCCAAGAUCAGAGAGGAGUACCCUGACAGAAUGAUGCUCACCUUCUCCGUUUUUCCUUCCCCCAAGGUCUCUGAUACUGUGGUUGAGCCUUAUAACGCUACUCUUUCUGUUCAUCAGUUGGUGGAGAAUGCUGAUGAGUGUAUGGUGCUUGAUAAUGAGGCGCUCUACGAUAUCUGCUUCAGGACUCUCAAGUUGACCACUCCUAGCUUUGGUGACUUGAACCACUUGAUCUCUGCGACCAUGAGUGGUGUUACAUGCUGUCUUCGAUUCCCUGGUCAACUCAACUCUGAUCUGAGGAAAUUGGCCGUGAAUCUCAUUCCCUUCCCUCGUCUGCACUUCUUCAUGGUUGGAUUUGCGCCUCUCACCUCUCGCGGCUCUCAGCAAUACCGCGCAUUGACAGUGCCAGAGCUGACACAGCAAAUGUGGGAUGCCAAGAACAUGAUGUGUGCUGCAGAUCCAAGGCACGGGCGUUACCUCACGGCAUCAGCCAUGUUCCGUGGCAAGAUGAGCACCAAGGAGGUGGACGAGCAGAUGAUAAACGUGCAGAACAAGAACUCUUCAUAUUUUGUCGAGUGGAUUCCCAACAAUGUCAAGUCGAGCGUGUGUGACAUUGCUCCUAGAGGGCUCUCCAUGGCGUCCACAUUCAUUGGAAACUCGACCUCGAUUCAGGAGAUGUUCAGGAGGGUGAGUGAGCAGUUCACGGCCAUGUUUAGGAGGAAGGCUUUCUUGCAUUGGUACACCGGGGAAGGCAUGGACGAGAUGGAGUUCACAGAGGCAGAGAGCAACAUGAACGACCUUGUUUCAGAGUACCAGCAGUACCAGGAUGCCACUGCCGAGGAUGAUGGGGAGUAUGAGGACGAGGAGGACGAUGAUGUUGAAGCAGACCACAUGUGAAGAGACUGAAUGUGAAAGAUGCCUGUGUCUUACUUAUGCUAUGUGAUGCGUAAGUGUGUUUGCUCUGCUCUCCAACGUGAAGAAGAUUGUAAUUACUAAUAGUGUAUGUACGGUUUGCGGGAUAAAACUUUGAUGAGCUUGGUGUGGAGAAUGGAAAAAAUAGGGGGUUAGUGGGAGUGGAGUUUGGGAACAAUGUUAUGCGGCACCUAUCUGUUUGUUCUUAUAUUGGCUUGCUUUUAUGUUGUUAUAUUGAGUCAUGUUUCCGUAAUAUUUGUUGUUCUUAUGCAUGACUUUUGUCUACGUUGGAUUCUUGGAAUGUCUUUGGAGAAAGCCUUGCCUCAUGUUUUUGUC